AUGGAUAUUGAAACUUUAACACCGAGACAAUGGAUUGAAAAUGAAGAAGCGUAUACGAAGCUAUUGGAAGACCAAAAUAUCCGUGAUAAAAUACCUUUUUUAAAUGUAAACAAAACUGAACAUUUUAAAAAUCUAUCUUUAGUCAAAUUUUACGGUAUGGUUCAAGAUAUGGAUUCUCCUGAAUAUUAUUUGGAAAAGUUUGAAGUAAUAAAUAAGAUUACAAAGCAAAGUACGUACGUAACCGGCAAAUAUAACGAAAACAUUACUGUAGAGGAUAAUGAAUACGUUAAUUUUGAAAAUUCUUCAAACAUUACUUCCGAACGGCAGACGUUUGUGGUUAUAUCAGUUCCGGCUAUAAAUAGUUGGGUACACACGUUGGACGGUAAAUUUAGAUUAGACGUUACAAAAAAUAUGCAAACUGAAUUUAGUAGUAACAAGAGAGCUUAUGAAGAAACGAUGGAUGUGGAAGCUGGACCUUCCAAUGUAGAAAAGAAAGUUUGUAGUGAAGUAUCGAAAGCACCAUACACUAAAUCUACAUCAAGUAAUCCCAAAGAUAUUUUUCCAUUUCCAAAAGAAGGCGAACAAGUUUUUCAUAUAAAAUUAUACACUAAUCAAGAUAAAUUGAAAAUUAACGAUGUUUGCGAAUUUGUUGGAUUUUUGGAUACUUUUCCUACUUUAAUUCCUGAAGUUUGUGAUGCUCAAAUGGACACAGAUGCCCUAAAUGCUCCUGCUUCAUUAUAUCCUAGAAUACACUGUGUAAAUUACAAAAAAAUGAAGCAUAAUAACCCUUUAUUAGAAGAGGACACUAAGAUUGAAAAUAUUGAUGUGCUUAGGAAAGAUUUGUUGGUUGUUUUGACUCAAUUACUCCUUGGUGAUGAAUUGGCAGCAGAAUAUUUAUUAUAUCAUCUAAUAUCACAGGUAUAUUUACGUAGAGAUGGUUUAGCACUGGGAAAAUUCUCAUUAAACAUUUCUAACAUUCCCUCUCUACCCUCAUAUCCAAUUGGGUUAUAUAAAUUUAUAGAAAAACUACUUCCAAAAAGUAUUUAUCUACCAAUGACCUUGGAGAAUCUCAAUGAUUUAACUUUUGUACCCAAAAAAAAUUAUGAAUUAAACUACUUAUCAUCUGGGGUGUUGCAGUUGAGUAACAACACUCAUGUUGUGUUAGAUGAAACUAAAUUGAGCCCUGGGAAGCUAAACGAGGCUGGUUUAAGUAACAUUAAAGCCCUAUCCAGCUGCAUCAAACAUCAAUCCCUGCAUUAUGAUUUCAAAUUUUACCCAUUAGAGUUCGAUUGUGAUAUUCCCUUUCUCAUAUUGUCCGAGGGUAAAAGCAUGAUCCCUUCAGACGUGCAUGUCGUACUGCAACCGGAUGAGAUGUGUCUGAACAAUUUCAAAGAAAUUGUCGAAGCUGCUGAUCACUUUUUGAAGCCUGAUUUACUGAACAACAUAAGAAAGUAUCUCACUUCAGUGAGACUUAUUGAUUACAGUCUCUCUGAGGAGAUCGAGACAUUUAUCCAAGAUGAAUUCGUUAAAAUGAGGCAAGAUAAGAAUGCAACAAUCGAUGACUUGCAUGGCAUGUUGAUUCUGGCGCGAUUGGUUUCGAUAUCUGAGGGUAAAAAGACUUUGGGCGAAUCGGCGUGGAAGAAAGCUUCAGAAAUUGAAGAAACCAGGAAGAUUAGGAUUAAGAAUUAA